UGGUUGGGGCGGUGAGGGCGGAGCUCACCGCGCUGAGGGGACGGCGGCGAUGGCGGCGCGGGGCGGGCGGUAGCGUUGCCGGCUGGUGCUUCACCUUAGGCUGCGCCUGAGGCGAGGGGCUCCUGCGAGGAAGGGGGACUGCCGCCCCGGAGCGGCUCGGACCGCACCACGCCCGGGAGGUGCGGGCUCCCGCCCAGUAAAGAAGAAUGUCCUUGUUUAAAGCUAGAGACUGGUGGUCCACCAUACUUGGAGAAAAGGAAGAGUUUGACCAAGGCUGUUUGUGUGUUGCUGAUGUUGAUAACAGCGGGCAAGAUAAAAUUAUUGUAGGCAGUUAUAUGGGAUAUCUCCGAAUCUUUAAUCCACAUCCUGUGAAACCUGGAGAUGGAGGACAACCUGAAGACUUGCUCUUGGAAGUGCAGCUACGAGAACCAAUAUUGCAGGUGGAAGUGGGAAAAUUUGUCUCUGGUACUGAAGGACUUCAUCUGGCUGUGUUGCAUUGUCGAAAACUCUGUGUAUAUGCUGUUUCAGAAACUCUGGGAAAUGUGGAACAUGGGAACCAGUAUCAGAUUAAACUGAUGUAUGAGCACAAUCUUCAGAGAGCUGCUUGCAAUAUGACUUAUGGUCCAUUUGGUGGUGUAAAAGGUCGAGAUUUGAUAUGUAUACAGUCCAUGGAUGGGAUGCUUAUGUUGUUUGAGCAGGAAAGCUAUGCUUUUGGCCGUUUUCUACCUGGUUUUCUGCUGCCUGGUCCCUUGACUUACAGCUCUCGGACUGAUUCUUUCAUUACAGUGUCGUCUUGUCGACAGGUUGAGAGUUACAAAUACCAAGUGCUGGCGUUUGCAACAGAUGCUGAUGAGAGACAAGAAACAGAGCAGGCAAAACUUAGUUCUGGAAAAAGACUUGUGGUGGAUUGGGUUUUAAACCUCGGCGAGCAAGCACUGGAUAUAUGCGUUGUCUCCUUUAAUCAGGCAGUUUCUUCUGUUUUUGUGCUUGGUGAGAGAAACUUCUUUUGCCUUAAGGAUAAUGGGCAAAUUCGAUUCAUGAAAAAGCUUGAUUACAGUCCGAGCUGCUUCAUUCCUUAUUGUUCAGUGAAAGAAGGAACAAUAAACACUCUAAUUGGAACCCAUAGUAAGAUGUUGAAUGUUUAUCAAGAUGUUACGCUGAAAUGGGCCACUCAACUUCCCCACGUUCCUGUAGCAGUGAAAGUAGCAAAUUUACAAAACUUGAAGGGUGUUAUAGUCACUCUGAGUGAUACUGGGCAUCUUCAGUGUUCCUACCUUGGAACUGAUCCUUCACUCUUCCAGGCUCCUAGGGUUGAAUCUAGGGAACUAAACCAGGAAGAGUUUGAUGCUGAAAUGAAAGAGCUUCAGAAGAUCAUCAAGGAGGCCACAAAAACACAAGAUAUUCUGCCCAAAUCUGAAAAGACCAGAGAUGUAAUUGUCACAGCUGAAGUUUCACCCGAUUUGGAUGCAGAAUCUCAAGCCAUUGACAGUGAGGUAAAAGCAGAGGCAGUGCCAUCAGUCACAGUAAAGAUAACGAUACAGAGCAGAGUCACUGCGAAGAAACCAAACCUGGAAGUGUGUGUACAAGCUCCAUUAGCAGUGACCUGUGAGCAGUUCGUCUUUGAUGAUUUAGAACCCGAUUCAUCUGAAACUGUGGUUGUGUCUGUCUUUUUGAAGAGGAAUUUUUCUCCAUCAGAACUCGAAGGGAACUGUGUGCUUUCAUACGGUACGCCAACAGAGCUCUUUCCUGAAGGAAUACUGAAAGCUGCACAGUGUAACUUCAGUCUGCCUUUACGAUUAAUUUGCUUUCCAGCUCAACCAUCAAAAGCAGCAAACCACAAGAUAACUAUUGAUACCAAUAAACCUCCCAUCAGUUUUCUCACCAUUUUUCCAGACUUCGUUGAUCCAUCUGAGGAUGACCAGGCAAAUGUUCUGGGAUUUCAGUUUUUAACUGGUUCAAAAGCCACUCUUCUUGCUUCAAAAACAUCACAACGAUACAGAAUCCAGAGUGAUCAGUUAGAAGACCUUUGGCUGAUAACAAAAGAGCUGAGGCUUCGACUUGAAGAACAUUUCAAGAAGCAAAACUGCAAAGAUUUCGCAUGUACGUUUUCUGGUUCAAUUCCCCUGCAAGAAUAUUUUGAACUAAUUGAUCGACAUUUUGAGCUACGUUUGAAUGAGGAAAAACUUCAGGAGCUGUUAUCUCAAAGGGCUGCACAGUUUCGAGCUAUUGAGCGGCGAUUGCUGACGCGAUUCAAAGACAAAACUCCUGCUCCGCUUCAACAUCUGGACACCUUGCUGGAAGGAACAUUCAGAGAGGUAAUAGCUCUAGCAGAUGCAGCAGGGGAGAAUCAAGCCAACCUAUUCCAGGCAUUCACAAAGCUGAAAAGUGCCACCCAUCUCGUGAUUAUGCUGAUUAGUCUGUGGCAGAAGCUCAGCACUGAUCAAGUUGCUAUUCUGGAAGCUACGUUUUUGCCAUUAGCAGAAGAUACAAAAGAGAUGGGUUGGGAAGAAACUGUGGAUGCUGCCAUUUCUUACUUGUUACGAACUUGUUUGUCAAAGAGCUCUAAGGAGCAGGCUCUGUCUCUCAGCAGCCAGUUGUGCAUGCCCAAAGAUACCAGCAGACUGAAGAAGAACAUCACCCUCUUCUGUGAUAGAUUGGCCAAAGGUGGUCGCCUUUCCCUAAGUACAGACUCAGCCACUCAGCAAGCUGCUGUCGUGCCAGGUGGCUGUGCUACAAUCGCAGAGUCUGAUUCAGAGGAAAGAACAGUUACACUGGGCUCCACAGCAAUGUUUCCCCAUCAUGGACAGACCACAAAGCAGAAAUCCAAGCCUGGUUUGUCUGGGGAUGCAGCAGAGGAAGCCGAAGAGCCAUGAAAUCCAAAGACGACCCUCAGGAGGGAUUUCUAUCUGAUGUCAGAUGCAUUUAUAAUGCAGCAGCACCAAUCCAUUUUACUCUGCACUGACUGCAGCUUCCAGAAGGACUGUGCUAAUUUAUACAGAUACAGAGCUGGAUCUCCCUGCCAACUACUAGCAUCCUUUCUGUGAACAAAGUUUAAGCACUUACCCAACUGUGGUAGGGGUGUUGUGUUAUGUUAUCCCUUUCUAAGGGUUCAGUUGAUUGAUCAAAGACUAUUUACACAUAGUUAAAAGCAACCUUUGUUUCAGGAUAUAGUUUAUCUUUUUUUUUCUUAAAGAAAAGGUACCUCCCUUUGAGAUUAUAUUAACAUUUGUUAUAUCACAGUUUUGACAAAAGAUAACUAUCUCGUUUCCUCCUGUACUAACAUUCACGAUUCCAAACAGCUGAAUUCACCACCAGAAGAAAAACUGGUAAUCCAUCAGCUCUCUUUUUUUCUCCUCUCUCAUUGCUUAUGCAGACUCCUGCUCUCUAGAGAUACAGAGUAAAAUAUGGUUACUGGACAUAAAGGGCAAACCCUUUUGCCAUUAACUAUGUCACUAUGAAUGUGAAUAAAGUUUACACUGUAAGUACCUUGAGCACAGCAACACAUGGAUCUUUUUAUGGUUACCUGUGAUUUCUGUUUUUCUUUUCAAUCAGUCUGUUCUAGUUAGGGGUAAGAUUUUCAAAAGUAACUAUCAAUUUCUGAGUGCCUUAAUUUUUACUAAUCCAGUUGGAGGGUGCUUUGAGAGUUGAGGUUUUAGAAAGUGCUGACUAUUCGCUUUCUGAAAUUCAGGUUCAUGCAAGGUGCCUGAAAUGGAACACUCAGCAACUGGGGUGACCUUCGAGAGGACUUUGGAUUUGGAAGCAUCAGGCUCAUGUCUGGAUUCCAGAGAGUGAUUUGAGAUAUCAGUAAAAGGUACUCAGAACUGAAAAUAACUGAGACAUGGGUCAAGUGUGAAAACAGGCAUUUGAAUGAGGCCUCUCCUGGCUGUUGCUGGUUCAUACCAAAGUAUAAGUUGCAGUCUUUUGGAUAGCAGAAUCAAAAGGCAGUGCUUGUCUUAGCUUAGUUUCUGGUGGAUGCAGUUGCGUGAGCCAUCUCUACAUCCCACCCUCCUCAACAGGGGUUCACCAACUCCUGUUGUAGCUGUGGAAGAUGUCCCUCCAACUCACUUUUACGCUGUUUCAGCAGAGGUUGUGAUGGUUGCUGUGGAGCUAGGUUGAUAUGUGGGUAAAAAAAGAGACAUUAUUUUUCAGGAUGUCUUAAGCCAUCAACCUUUAUCAUCUCUAUAUCUACUUUCAACCUCUUUUUGUAUGCAUCCCCAGAACAAAACCAACUUUGCACCACAUGUGCAUCUGCUGCUUAACUAUCUGGUCCUACUCUGGCUCAGUAAACAUGAUAUAACUAUGUUUCACAGAGCCUUAUUCAACAUGUUAGCUAUUAAAUAGAGCUAUGUGGCCAGGGAACUGGGUUCUGAUACCUCUAGGACUGAAGUGGGCAGUGACUCCCAGUAAAAAUGACUCUGUCCCCCAGGAGACCUCAGAUAUCUGCAAGUUGUGGGGCCAGAAAUCUUGCUGCUUUCCCAGGAAGGAAAAAAUCCUACCCCCUGCUUGUUGUGGAGUGAUUCUGCUGGCUGAGUUUUCUUCGCUCUGAUCCCUCCCCUGUGGUUUUUGUCAGGAGGGUGGUAUCCAUCCCAUUGUCCAGGCACCCUGCUGCGCUGCCAAAAUUACUCUAUAAAAUAAUCUCCUGUAGUCUCUGUACACACCUCAGUGACCAAAGAAAAUCCAUGGAGAACUAAUCAAUUACUGUAGCUAUUAGGUUUAAACUUUAACUAUAGAUCUCAAAUCUUCUUUUGUCCGCUUGUCAGCAGCUACUAGGUAAUCUAGAAAAAUCAACCACGGUUACUACUGGAAGCCUGUACCAUAAUAGUGUAGAAUCCUGGACCAAAGAGUCCUAAGCUAUAGGCAUAUAAUAUAGCUGGAAAGCACACUACUAUGAGACUUCUGUGAAAUAUAUUACUCUGUCAUAAUUACCAUUAUUGAAUAUGAUCCCAGUGCUCAGAGCUGCCUGGCUUCAUUGGGAAUUUAGGGUAAACAACGAGUAGGCACUGAGGUCAAUUAUAUCAUCCACUCUUAUUUAAGUUAUUUUCUGUCAUUUUAAGAUGUAAGGCUCAGAAGCACUCUUAUUUGCCUUUUCCGCUCCAUGCUUUGUAAAAUGAGGUCUCAUGAGAAUAGUUUUACAGAAAGGGGAAACCAUACUGGUAAUAAAGAGGAGGGGGGGGAAAGGAUAGAACUAUCUAUAGUAGUAAUGUAUGACCUCUUUGUACAUUGCACUAAACUGCGGUAUUUGGUAGUAUCAUCAGGAUUUAAAAGUUACAUUGAGUAAAAAUGACUUAGUUUCCACCAAUGCCAAAUAGUUCAUCUAAUUCAGAGGAAGGAAGUAAUUGAAAUGUAGUCAUUUACGCAGCAGGCUAAGAGGAAAUAUUGUAAAGUAAUUCUUCACAGUUCUCAAAUGGAGUUUGAAUUUUUAAGAAAGUUCUUUUUGGCUGGAAAAGUUCAGGCCAAUUACAGGAAGUUUGGAAGUGAAGAGAGUUGGCCAACUGAAAAACGUAGGGAAACAUUGCUAGUUCAGGGGGACCAAAUGUUUGGUUCUCAUCAGUGAUGUUUUGGAGGCCAAGACAGGCAUUGCUGCCCAAUCAAACUAUUCUGAACAGGAUUUGAGAGUAAUGCCUGGUCAGUUCUUCUGGUCAGGUUAAAGACACAGCCUGUCUGCAUGUUUAGCUAUUUGAGGUGAAAUGUGUAUGGUUAGGCGUCUCCCAGAUAAAAAUAAAUGUUAAAUUAUUGUCUUAUUGAAAUUAGUUUUGUAUACAUAUAUCUAAAAGGAAUUUUUCUGACAGUUUGAAAACUACGUUGUGAGUCAUGGCAGCUCCAUUAUAUUUGUGCUACAGCACUUUGAAAUGCAUUUUCUGAAAUAAGUCCCAGUGUCAAAUGCAUACUUUUUUUUGUGUUAAGCAGGUAGAUCCUUCUAGAGUUGAUUUUCUUGGUAGAGAUGAUUUUCUGAAUGUUACUGUCCAAGGGCUUUUCUUUCAUUUUGCUUUUGCGCUGUUGCAAUGUAGAAAAACAGAUUAAAACAAUUACUACUCUGAUGACCAAAAUCUGGAGGUCUGGGCUCUGCUGAUCUUUUGGGCUUUGAACACAAUGCUGAGUUCAAACUAGGACUGUGGUUUCCAGCCCCAGAUUGAUUCUUCUGUCCAACUAUUAUUAAACUAUGACACAGAAAAACAACAUUUCUUUACUUUCAAGGGGCUGGGUUUCGAAUGUAAUGUCUUUUUUUCUCCAGCAUUUACUGUAACAGCAAGCAUUAGAGAUAAGUUCCAAUAUUCUUGUAUUGCUUCUGAAGAGUAAUUUACUGCCAUAAACUGAAAUUUGCUGAGCAGAGAUUGUAUUUCUAUGUGAAGUCUUGCCAGCAUAGAAAAAAACCCCACAUAGUAUGCGUCAUAUUGAAUAAGUAUCUUUUCUUCUUACCAGAAUAUCCUGUUUAUAAAUAAUCCAUUCAAAAACUGCUGCAAAGGUGCAGUGAAAUAUAUGACGUACUCCUGAAA